GAAGAAUGGAUAGGAAUUAAGAACUAAUUAGGAAGUGAGAGAAGACGAGAGAUGAUCCACGCUCGAACAGAAACGAGAUCCGGCUGAAACAACUCUUAUACCAUCACCACCGGCACCGGCACCGGCGAGCGACGACGGCCGGGAAUUGCUUAAUCGGAAACUAUGGCACUCAAUCUCCGGCAGAGACAGACCGAAUGUAUUGCGAGAAUGUUGAAUCUGAAUCAACCGCUUAAUUCAAGUGGAAUGGCGAAUGAAGAUGUUUAUAAGAUCUUGAUUUACGAUAAAUUCUGUCAGGACAUUCUAUCUCCUUUGAUCCAUGUUAAGGAUCUUCGUAAGCACGGUGUUACUCUUUACUUCCUCAUCGAUAAAGAUCGUAAGCCUGUUCACGACGUCCCUGCUGUUUACUUCGUUCAAUCGACUCAGUUGAACAUUCAGCGAAUUGUGGCCGAUGCUUCACGAUCUCUUUAUGACACCUUCCACCUCAAUUUCUCAUCAUCAAUACCUCGUCCGUUGCUUGAGGAUCUCGCAUCAGGUACUCUCAGUUCGGAUUCAACUCAGAGGAUCUCUAAGGUACACGAUCAAUACUUGGAGUUUGUAACCCUAGAAGAUAAUUUGUUUUCGCUUGCUUAUAAAAACUGCUAUGUCCAAUUGAAUGAUCCUUCAGCUGGUGAUCGUGAAAUUGAGGAAAUUAUUGAGAAAAUUGUUAGUGGUUUAUUCUGUACACUUGCUACCCUAGCUGUUGUCCCUAUAAUUAGAUGCCCUAGGGGUGGUCCUGCUGAGAUGGUAGCUUCUCUGUUAGAUCAGAGAUUACGUGAUCAUCUCUUAGCCAAGAACAAUCUCUUCACUGAAGGUGGAAACUUUUCCAGUUCAUUUCAAAGACCAAUUUUAUGUAUAUUCGAUAGAAACUUCGAGUUAUCAGUAGCCAUACAGCAUGAUUUCAGGUAUAGGCCACUUGUUCACGAUGUUCUUGGCUUGAAGCUUAAUAGUCUAAGCGUGCCCGGUGAAAAGGGAGGAAUUAAAACCUACGAACUCGAUCGAUCCGACCCAUUCUGGGCAGCAAAUGGAUCGCUUGAAUUCCCAGAAGUCGCAGUCGAGAUCGAAUCACAACUGAAUAAAUACAAGAAAGACGUUGAAGAUGUCAAUAGAAGAACAGGAGGAAACGAUGGUGCUGAAUUCGACGGCACAGAUUUAGUCGGCAACACUAAGCAUUUAAUGAACGCGGUAAAUUCACUCCCCGAGUUAACCGAGCGUAAACAGGUAAUCGAUAAACACACAAACAUUGCCACAGCAUUACUUGGACAAAUCAAAGACAGGUCUCUCGAUUCCUACGCCAAAAAAGAGAACGACAUGAUGAUUAAAGGAAACAUCGACAAAACCGAACUCAUCAGCGUUCUCAAAGGAAAAGGAACGAAUGUCGACAAGCUACGUUUCGCCAUCAUGUACCUAAUAUCAUCCGAAACCAUUCCUCAAUUUGAAGUAGAAUCCGUCGAAACAGCUCUCAGGGAAUCCGAAAUCGACACCAGCGCGUUUCAAUACGUUAAAAAGAUGAAAUCGUUAAACGUAUCUUUAGCCUCGGCUAACUCCGCGAGUAGAAGCAACAUCGUGGAUUGGGCGGAGAAGCUUUACGGGCAGUCGAUAAGUGCGGUUACUGCGGGCGUGAAGAAUCUGUUAUCGAGCGACCAUCAACUCGCACUUUCGAGGACUGUCGAGGCUUUAAUGGAAGGGAAACCGAACCCCGAAAUCGAUUCGUACCUCGUAUUGGAUCCUCGUGCUCCUAAAUCUUCUGGGGGGUCGAGUGGGGGUCAUUUGAAGGGGCCUUUUAAGGAGGGGAUUGUGUUUAUGAUUGGAGGAGGGAAUUAUGUGGAGUAUGGAAGUUUGCAAGAGCUAGCCCAAAGGCAGCAGCAAUCUGUUAAACAUGUUAUCUAUGGAACCACGGAAAUGCUAACCGGGGCUGAAUUUGUCGAGCAACUUGCGGUUUUGGGUAACAAAAUGGGAUUAGGUGGCGGUGCUGGUGCUGGGGCUUCGUCGAGCUAAUUAUGCAAUACUUUUCUUACUUGAAUAUUUGGGUUUGGAGUCGGACAAAGUAAGUAACAACUACUAUUAAUUGCUACAUAUAUACACUAUUAUUUGGUUUGUUUAUUAUUAGUACUUGUGUUUUAUAAGAUGAAAAAAUUAAGAAUGUGGGUUUCCUAACCUUGGUGUUAAUUAUUUUCUUAUGAAUUGC